CACUGGCCUAAAGGCUUCCCGUUGCAGAAUGGGCAGGAAAGCUGUGUGGUUGGAAUAGGUCACCCAGCCUCUCUGAACUAUCUCUUCCUCUGUUUGGUGGAAACAUGGCAUCUGGCACAGGCGGUUCAUACAGGCAGUUGGCUAAUGGCAGAGGGCAUCUUCCUGUUUGAGAGGGUCAGUGACAGGUGUGGCAUCUGCUAAGGCCAGUAGUCAUUCUGAUGUGAAUACAGCUUUAGCCACUUGGGUUCAAGUGAGUGGGGAGCACAUAGGACAAGGCCUGAGAACCCAGGAAGGCUUUCCCCACGUGUCUUCCAUCACCACAGGCAGCCUUGUCAUUUUAGUUUUCUAUCCCAGGUCAGCUCUGUGCUGAGGGUAAGCUUGCCCAGGCGUCAACAGAUGGGGACUUCCAAGUCUGGCCAGUUGCUGCUGUCUUUUUAGAAUGCAAAGGACAGCCUGGAGGGACUUUGGAAUUGACUUUGGAGUCACCAAUGGCCCAGAAUUGAGGCUCAGGUGUGAUGGAGAUUAUUUGGAAACCAGCCUUAGUCCAGGGCAGCAGCUGCUGCCCGUCCCUUUGGAGACCAAGCUGUGACCUUGCAGAAAUGAGGGAGGGUCGGUUCUCUGGCUUGGCAGACAGGUCCAGACCUUGGCAUGGACCAUUGGGUAAGUGUACUGGCAGUGAAGUUGACGUUGGUGAACAUGAUCAGCCCCAAGUUCCAUGGCUGUCAUGGAGGGUCUGGUGUACCUGACAACAGUAUUCCCUUCUUUUCCAGUCCAUUUCCGAUAUGUGGUGUUUCACCCAUUCCUGGAUGAGAUUCUCAUCGGGAAGAUCAAAGGCUGCAGCCCAGAGGUCUCUUUAGGGUUCUUCGAUGACAUUCUCAUCCCCCCUGAGUCACUGCAACAGCCUGCCAAGUUUGAUGAGACAGAACAAGUCUGGGUGUGGGAGUAUGAGACGGAGGAGGGAGCUCAUGACCUGUACAUGGACACUGGUGAGGAGAUCCGCUUCAGGGUGGUGGAUGAGAGCUUUGUGGACACGUCCCCCACAGGACCCAGCUCAGCCGAGGCUGCCUCUUCCAGCGAGGAGCUGCCAAAGAAGGAAGCGCCAUACACGCUUGUGGUAAGGUGUUUGGGAGGCUGCUUUCUUUUUCGGUUUUUCAAGAAAGG